AUGGCCGAGCAUGCCAUGCUUAACCGCCUCACUGGCCAUCUCGAGUCAAACGAAUGCUAUACACACAACAUGAUUGGCUUUCGGUCGUGGCUUUCGACUCAGGAGGCCAUGAGACUGAUCAGGCACCAGAUCAUUGACUCUACCUCUGCUGACACUAAGGCGAUUCUCGGCUUGGAUCUGGGAAAGGCUUUUGACAACAUAUCGCAAGCCUUUAGUGUCAAGAGCCUGACAGAGUGUAACGUCGGCAAAGGGGUGUACAAUUUCGUGUGCUACUUCCUUUCCUUAAGGUCCACUAGACUCAAGAUUGACAAGUUUUUGACCCACGAAAUCCACCUUGGGCCAAAGGGAACACCUCAGGAGGCGGUGAUCUCCCCAACGCUGUUCAACAUCUCCCUGAUCAACCUGUCGAGGGAUUUGAACAAAAUCCCGAACAUUAACCACACAAUCUACGCGGAUGACAUCACCAUCUGGUGCUCCAGUGGAUGUGAAGGGCAGGUUGAGGGUGCUAUGCGUCAGCAGGCCGUCUGUGGCAUUAUCAUCUACAGAGCUUGA